AUGACGUUCAGGUCAGAUUGGAUGGAGAAUGUGAGGGAGUCGAGUGAGGAUUAUAUACUGCAAGGUAACAGUGGGAAGUUACCAGUGACAGGAGAGGGUGACGUGGUGCUGCAGAGUCCGUAUGGAGAGGUGAAACUGGAGAGUGUGCUGCUGGUUGAGGAUUUAAAGUGGGAGAAGUAUGCCGAUGGCUACUUCAGUGACGGGUUCUAUGAGAUGAACUUGGUCGCGAUGAAUGAUAUGGAUGAGAUCUAUGAGGACCAUGAGUAUGGUGAGAUGGGAGAAUUCGAGGAGUUAUCGGUUGAGGAUGAUGAGAGUGAGGACUCGGAUGAUACGGCAGCGAGUGUGGAGGCAGCAGUGAAGCUGAAAGAGGAGAUAGUCGCCAUGGAGGCAGCAGCAGUGAAUGGUGGAGAUGGAGUUGGUGUCAACACUUUUGCAGCAGCGAUCGUGGUUGAAGAUGAAGCAGUAAAUGCGAAGUAUAUGGGAGUUGAAGCUGUGAAAGGGGACAUCCUGGUGAAGGGAUCAAAGGUGAAAGCAACUGCAAAGGGGCGAGUGCUUACGAAGGAGGAACACGUUGAGGGGUACGAGACCCGGGAGGUGCUGGGUUUUAAGAUGCAGAGGAGAAGCGAUAGGCAGAAGAAAAUAUCUCAAGGUUUGGACGUCAAAGCGCUCAACUUCAAGACACGUAAGCAGAGGUUCGAGGUGCAGGAGCUGCAGGGGAGCGUGAAGGCAACUUAG